AUGCUAUUGAAGAAUUAUCUAUACGGGUUUGCACUUUUGUCAUCCAUCGUUUCUGCGCUUCCAGUUGGCCAGGCUGAUGCUGGAGCCGGCCAGGUGUGGGACUUGAAGAAAAGACAGUAUGUCACUGUGACUGCUGCCGCUGUUACGCAGUAUGCUACUGUUCAUGUGAAGGGUCAUGAAUCGAGCUCAACAUCAAGCACUGUCUCGUCUUCAGACUCUUCAAGCUCUUCAAAAUCUAGUUCGAGUUCUGAGUCCAGUUCUAGUUCUUCUUCUAGCUCAGACUCCGAGACUUACACCCCUGGACAAGAAGUGGUGAUCACUUCAACAAUUGACCCUGGCUACACCUCAGUGGUUCACGAGACUUACCUGACUUCCUUCUUGGUGACUGAAUCAGGUUCUUCCUCAUACUCAUAUUUGACGGUGACUCCAAGUGUGACUUCUUCGUUGACUUCGUCUACUUCUAGUUCUUCUGCCUCGUCGUCAAGCUCUUCAUCUUCAUCUUUGUCGUCAAGUUCUUCAUCUUCUUCCUUGUCGUCAAGUUCUUUGUCAUCCUCUUCUUCUGAAGAGAAGGAUACAACUUCGACGAAGGUAGUCUUUAAGACGACCAGCAGAGGUAGCAAAUCCAGCGCAACAGCCACACCAACCAAGAAGGCCACCUCUUCCACCACUACAUCCAGCUCCGCUUCCUCUACGAUCACAGCCGCCCCUUCAACUUCUGAUGAUGACAGCUGGAUUACGGGAUCGUUCACGGCUUACUCAACCUCGACGAGUGAGGGAGUGUGCUAUGUACUGUACGAAGAUGACGACUCCACUGGAACGUACUCGGACAUCGAGCCCUAUACUACGAUCACUUUGACGUCAAUCGUUGCCACCGUGACUCUGACUGAGAGUUAG